UAGUGUUCUCUUCUACCUUCUACCUUCUCUCUGCUACCUAUGAACUUCUGAAACUGUGGUAUUUUUUUUUUUCCUCAGAGGUGUAGAUAUAUGGGUUAUAUAUUACUAGAGAUGUUCAAAGGCUGAGAACUUCCUCAAAGUCUUUACAAGGGCACAGCACAUUCAGGCUGAGACUUAAAAGACACCAUUAACCACAAAACAUCAUCCAGUUGGAGAGCACAAUGGAUAUUGAAAAGGUGAUUUAUACAUUGUUGGAGGUGCUCAUUGCUGUUAGUUGCUGUUUGGGUAAUAUGUUGGUUAUUUUGGCGCUGUGGACCAGUAAGAGCAUCCAGCAGCCUACCUUCUGCCUUAUUGUCUGCUUGGCUGUGGCUGAUUUUAUGGUUGGCUGCUUGGCCAUACCACUGGCUGUGUUGGUGGACGGACGAGUGUGGACUUCAUUCUACGGCUGUCUCUUCAUCAGCUGCGUUGUCAUCUUGUUGACACUUGUCUCAGUUUUGUCUCUCACGGCUAUUGCAGUGGAUCGAUUUCUGCGGGUAUAUAUUCCUCUGAGGUACAAAAGGACUGUAACACAGAGACAUUCUUGGCUUGUUGCAGCAGCAUGUUGGCUCCUCGCAGUUCCACUGAGUUUUUCUCCAAUGCUUGGAUGGUACAAGCAUGAAACCUUAGCUACGUCAGUCAACUCUACCAUUGUCUGCAGGUUCAUAGAUGUGAUCCCCAUGUCAUACCUGGUUUACUUUAACUUUUUUCUCUGCACCUUGACACCUCUGUUGGUGAUGACUGCACUUUACGGCUACAUUUUCUGCAACAUCAGAGGAAACCUCAGAGAGAAACCAGGCAACUGUGCCCAAAAACAGUCUCAGAACUACCUGAAGAAGGAGAAGCAGCUGGCAGGAUCUUUGUCUCUGGUCUUGGCUCUGUUUGCCCUUUCCUGGAUCCCUCUCCACAUUAUGAACUGCAUUGCUUACUUUGGCGGGCCCAGUGUUGUACCAGUAAAAGCUUUCUAUGUUGGCAUCCUGCUUUCUCAUGCUAACUCGGCUGUAAACCCAGUUGUGUAUGCAUUCAGAAUACAAAAGAUCAAGACAGCGUACUUGAAUCUCUGGAGACGGCAUUUUACAUGUGGAGAAGACAAUCAAGGGUCUCAGACAAGCCAGACAACUGACAACAAUCUCAGUAGUAACAUGAACAGUGUGUCCAAAUUUGAGUGAAUAAUACAAAUAUUCUGGGGCAAAGGUUUCGUUUCAACGUUGUGUGUGUGAGUGAGGGAGGCACAUAUGAAACAGGAUGUUUGGGCAUUCUCUGCCAGAAAACUUUUGAGCACCAAAUAUUUAAGUUACUGCAGUCCGAUUAAUCUCUAUUCUCCAAUUUGUGCAUUUUCUGCACCACUUUAUGGUGUAAGUGUCUUUAUCUUUUGCAAAAUAAUAUUUCUCACCUGCUUUCAUGUUGUUUUUAUAGGGUGAGAGGGACAAAUGCACAUGUUCUAAACAGAUCUGAAAUCUAUACUAUGCAAAGACCGAAAACUUGAUUCCUUUUCAUUAAUAAAUUCACUUAACGUAAUUUUGGAUCUCAGUGGCAAAUAUUUCUUAUUGGUGUCAUACAGUGACCAGGCCCUGCAUCAGCCUCUCACCUGUAAUUUUUUUAACAGAGGUUUGUGGUUUGCUAUGUGCCCAUUCUUUUUUUCACUCUUGAAUAUCGGUAUAUUUUCAUCUGAUUUUGCAUUUUGUUCUGUACUUGUUUUUUGUAAGAAUGUACCUCUAGUCUGCCAGAAACUGUUAUAUGUACUGUUUCCACUGCUGUCAGUCAUUAAGUUAAGCUCUCUGUAUAUACUGUGCUUUCUCUGUACUGGAUGCAAAAGACUUAAUUUCACCUGACUCUAGCCUCAGUGUAAUAAUAUAAAAUCUUGUUCUGAAUGUUGAUCUUCAGAUAAGGUUUCACACCCUUGUUGUGAACUUCUGUCUCCACUAUGCAGUGAAUAAAAACACAUCUGAA